AAAUUGAAGAGUUUCUUGUUUGUUUAUCUUUAACUUUCUUAUCAAAAAAUCAUAUUAAGAAAAUGGUAUUUUGUACGGCAAGUAAUGGUGCUUCAUCUUGUUGUUCGACUCCACAACUAGGAAUCUGUGGCUCAGGCUCACCCACUUUCCACAACAACCCUUCUUUUUCAUCCCUCUCCUUCUGUAAAGUAAACUCAUUUGCGUAUCACGUUGGACCUCUGAUUGCCUCGCGACCUCACAGUAAGACUGGGCAAGUGUCGUUGUCUUUACGUUUGAACAGUUUAUUUGGGGGCAAAAAGGAUAAUAACGAUAAUGGCGAUGACAAACAGUCAAAGGCAGGAUUACUGGGUAAUAUGCAAAAUCUAUAUGAAACUGUGAAGAAAGCACAAAUGGUAGUCCAGGUCGAGGCUGUUCGUGUGCAGAAAGAACUUGCUGCAGCGGAGUUUGAUGGCUAUUGCGAAGAUGAAUUAAUAAAGGCAACACUUUCGGGCAACCAGCAACCUGUGAGAAUUGAGAUCACUGAGGCUGCAUUGGAACUUGGGGCUGAUAAAUUGUCUCUUCUGGUAACCGAGGCCUACAAGGAUGCACACCAGAAGAGUGUCAAGGAAAUGAAGGAUAAGAUGGGAAAUCUUGCCCAAAGUUUAGGACUGCCGCCAAACCUCAACGACGAACUGAAAUUAUGAUUUGCAAAAGUUAUUUGUUCAUAAUUUGUUCGGAUUCGGAUAUCGAUAUUUUGUUUCAAGUCUCAAAAUUUUGUUUAUGCAAA